CAAUGCUCGCUCCUCCAUCUUCGCUAUUCAAACCCCCCGACGCCUUUAUCGAAAUUGGCAUCGACAUCGACAUUGCAGCAGGGCCCAGCGAUCCGGGACUGUUGCGAUCCAGCAUCGCAUCAGGCUCCAGAUCUGCCUCCUUUUGGUGAUGAGCUUCCUCGGUCUAUUGCUACCGAACAUCGCAUCCACAUCCACCAAGCGGCCGUUCUCACCGCCCUUGGGUAAUCGUGUCCCGUGGAAACCUCGAUUUCUACCAACUACAAAAACCAUUCGGUUAUUCAGCUCGAAUCACGGUUUGCCGCCACUUCCCUAUAGAUUUGACACCGGCAUCGCUCUCUUCGCGAAACGCACUCCAAGGCCGUUCCCUCCCCCGUUUCUCUCGCCACCUUCUGGCUCCUUCUCGGACCCUCUGAGCACGCAUCACCAAAGCCGAGACCGUCGUGCGCGGGUGAACGGCGACAUAAUUCUAGGAAGGACAAAUGGCGAUGAUGCCGUCUUUGCCAGCGACUAUUUCAUUUGCGCGAAUGAUGGGGUUGGAGCGUGGACGACACGGCCUCGGGGACAUGCUGGACUCUGGUCCAGGCUGAUACUGCACUUCUGGGCUACUGCCCUCCGAGAAGAUGCCAUCAAAUAUCAAACCAUCGAGGAACGGCUUGCCUAUAAGCCGGACCCGGUGGCUUGCCUACAACAGGCCUACGAAAACACUGUCAAGGCAACAGCCGAACCUGUCGACUGGCAGGGUACUACUACGGCCGCUGGAGCCCAGAUCCACUUCAAGUCCCUAGACGGUGGGAAGAAGACAGUGCCGCUGCUGUAUGUUACGAACCUCGGCGAUUGUCAGGUCAUGGUCUUGCGACCGAAGGAUGGCGCGGUGGUUUACAAAACCAAAGAGCAAUGGCACUGGUUCGACUGCCCCCGCCAACUCGGGACGAAUAGUCCGGACACGCCAGAGAAGGACGCGGUCAUGGAUGUGGUGGAGAUACGUGUUGGCGACGUUGUGCUGGCUAUGACCGACGGCGUAAUCGAUAACAUGUGGGAACACGAGAUUGUGGAAAGCGUCGUCCAGAGCGUGGAGCGAUGGGAGCGAGGCGAUGGCGGCAAUGUUGAAGGCGACAGGACAGGAGGCGCAAACGGCGGCAUGAAGUUCGCAGCGGAAGAGCUCGUCACCGCCGCGAAAAUGGUUGCCCUGGACCCUUACGCCGAAAGCCCAUUUAUGGAACACGCAAUUGAGGAGGGCUUGGCUAGUAUUGGAGGGAAGCUCGACGAUAUCAGUGUUGUUGCAGCACUUGUCAAGAAUAACGAGACAUGGCAAGCUUCAUAGACGUAAUUUUGGGCUGAACGACUUCAGGUUAUUUGGUUAUUACAGUACAAAGAGAUCGGGCGGUGGUGAUGUCCGAUACACGUACCUUACCCUAGUAGAGCUGCCCACGCAGCAUACACCCUCCAUCGUCGUGCGAACGAAGAGGUGGGCAUUUGGAUGUCACGAGAAGGAAACUCGAAUUAUCAUUUUGAACUAUUUGGCAAUUCCUCAAAGACGAAUAGCUCUUACGAAUGAAACGCCCAG